UGCUACACAUUUAAAUCCCCCGGGUCGGUUUUCAGCGUUUAGCAACAAAUAACUUUUCCUUUUUUUUAUUUUCCUUCUAUUAUUGGAUUCUUUUAGAGCUGGUUUAAUGUCGUAAAUGACAGGUCUGUAAGGGCGUCGUUGUUGGGAAGUUUUUCGAGGGGGGGUUUUGACCAGCAAAGGGCCAUGGCAGUCGAGGCUCGGCCAGAGCUGGUCGGGAAGCGGUUCCUCUGUGUCAGCGGGGACGAGCCGCCUGAAAUUGGCGACAUUGGUCGGUGGCCGUGGAGGUCCGGGGUCAUACGAGCCGUUAACCACCGUGACAGCGACAAUCCCGACCUGACGGUAUAUGUGGAGUUCGAUGAUCAGGAAUGGGAGAAGAGAGAGUGGGUGAAGGUCUAUGAGGAUUUCCAGCUGUUUCUACUGGAGCACCAGCUGGUCUGGGCCAAGAGGAAGGAGGGAGCAGGAGGAGGAGCAGGAGCAGGUGGAGGAGCAGGAGGCCUGCUGCAGGGGACCAAGGCCAAACACAUACAGUGGCCUGCCCUGGCGUUUAAGCCAGUGGUGGGGAAGAGCCUUUUGUCGUCAGUAACAGCAGUGGAAUUCUUAUUAGACCGGCAGCUGGACUUCCUGUCUGACCAUUCAGCCUACCAACCAUAUCAGGAUGAGGUGGACAGUCAGAACCCAGUGUUAAGAGACAACCAUCAGCUCCACGAAGAAGUGAAGGGCUGGCUCAAAGACCAGAAGGUGCAGGAAAUUUUUAUGCAAGGUCCCUAUUCAUUGAAUGGCUACCGCGUGCGUGUGUACAGACAAGACUCGGCCACCCAGUGGUUUACUGGCAUCAUCACGCAUCACGACCUCUUCAGUCGAAACAUGGUCGUUAUGAAUGACCAGGUGCUAGAGCCUCAGAACGUAGAUCCAUCUAUGAUCCAGAUGACCUUUCUGGAUGACGUGGUCCACUCCCUGCUGAAAGGAGAAAAUAUUGGCAUUACUUCCAGACGAAGGUCACGAUCCAGCCAGAACAACAACAGUGCCCACAUGGCGGGAGGGAGACCCGGCGGGACCACUGGCAACACUCAGAGUCAUUACACGCGAGCCCAAGCCAACAGCCCCCGCCCCAUCAUGACCUCAUCAGGCCCCAACCCAAAAGGUUCCCAGGGGACGAUGGCCUCCCAGCAGCAGAGCCAAUCACAGCAAAGCCAGCAACCAGCCAACCAGUCACACAACUCGCCUGGCGGAAGUGGGCGGGAGCAGAGAGAACAACGCAACUCUCGCUCUUCCAGGAGGAAAGGAUCAGAUAGCAGUGUUCCAGAGGAGGACAAAGACAGGAGAGAAGAGACAAUAGGGAGAGAAUCCAAGUCAAAGGCCAAGCAGGCAGUGAACAAACGCAGGAAGGGCGAGGAAGAUGAGAAGAAGGCAGGUCUUAAGAGGCUGAAGACUGACAUGACCUCUGAUCUGUCAGAGAGCAGCGACUCAGAAAAUCCACACAACAAGAGGACCGCCCACUCCUCUUGCUCCUCUUCCUCCUCCUCGUCUUCGUCAUCCUCCUCCUCCUCCUCCUCCUCCUCUUCCUCCUCGUCCGAGCCCAACUCAGAGAACGAGCUCAAGACUCGUAACAGUGAUGUGAAACCAAGUGGUGUUUCAAAAAAGGAGGAAGACGAGAAGCCGCUGAUGCAGGGCACCAAAAUUAAUGAUUCCUCGCCUCUUAUUGGUCGCCUGUCCCCAUGGGUGGAGCUUCAAGCAGCAGAAGACAGCAAGAAGGGUGUAGUUAAGGAAACGGGCAAAAUGAUAACAAAAGAGGAGGAGGAAUUGGUUGCGGUAACACAGAUAACCCAGUCUCCACGGCAACAGACGCCUCUGAUGUCUGAGACCGUCCAGGGCAGCAUUAUAGAGAGCAGCAAGAACACUGUGAAAGCGUCAUCUCGAUCCCAGACGCCGUCAAUGUCCCACCUCCAUGGCAGUAGUGUGAUCGACAUCACAGAUGACGCUCAGGCGACAGUGCACCAGGAGAGUUCAGAAGCCGUGUCGGCGCUCCUCGCCUCCCAGAAGGCCGAGUCCACAUCCCUCUCACCUUACCUCCCCCUCAACCCCUCUCCUGUCUCCUCGCCCCCUGUCCCACCAUCUCCCUCUCCAUCAGAAGGAGGACGCAGAACUGAUAUCGAACCUCCAAUGCAGCAGCAGCAGCAGCAGCAGGGCAUUAUGGGAGGUGCUAUGACAGCAGCCAGGAGCUUAGGGAACAAGAUAGAGUUUGCUCCCUCGGAGGUCAUCAGGCCUGUCACAUCGAUGGCUGAAAAUGUGGUGCUGGUGGAGAAGGAGAAAUCUGUCCUUCCUCAUCAUCUUCUUCAUCAUCAUCAACAACAGCAGCAUCAGCAGCACACACAACAGCAGCAACACUACACAUCUAUCCACCCCAGCAUUAAGAGCCCAUCUCUGUCUGAGGAGACAAGAAAACACCCACAACAACAACCGCUCCCCCACAAGAUGAACACAGUCCUCCCCCCUGACUUAGCCAAAUCCAAAAUGAGCCCCAACCCAGCUCAGCUUGACUCCCUUAAACAGAAACUCCAGCACCCCAACAACUCUCAACACCAUCCCUACCCCAACACAAACCCAGCUGAGCUUCUCAAGCCUAAGCCCCACCCAGGCCUACUGGACAUCUCCAAACCUAAACCCAACACCUCCCCAGAGGUGUCUAAACAUAAAAUACCCAGGUACUCUGAUACCUCCCCUCCUCCGACAGGCCGUUUGUCCACUAAAGUAGAAAUAGCAGAACCUCCGCGGUCUGGUUUCAAGCCAGUGCCAGCGCGGUCGGAGUCGGCUGGAGUCAGUUCGAGCAGCAGCAGUACCAAGAGUCCUCUGAUCAUCGAUAAGAAUGAGACCUUCACUGUUUACAGGGACCCAGCACUGGUCCGCUCAGACGCAGAGAACUCUGCCUCUGCCACCGUCUCCUCCAACCAUGUGGCAGCCUAUCUCCAUCCCCAUCUGCACACCCUCCACUCCCCCUCCCCCCACUCCCCCUGUCUAACCUCUGCCUCCCACCCCCACGCUGCCUCUCACCUCCUCGCCCCUCCCCACACCUCUGCCCUACCUCACCCGCACCUUUUACCCCCCGGGGUGCUCCCGGCCAUGCCUCCACCUGCAGCAUCUCUUCUUGGAGGCCACCCUCGGCUCGACUCCCCUGCUGGGUUGGGCCACCUUGCCCUGCCUCACCCUGCAGCUACACACCAGCAGCAGUUCCUGCAGGGUCAGGGCCCCCCUCCACCCUCUCUACUAGCCCAGGCUCACAGUGGGGCAGCAGGGCUGGGCUUAUACCCCAUCCUCUGGCAGUACCCCAAUGGAACGCCAGCCUCCUACCCCCCAGGGCUCAACCUGCCUCCUACAACUAAGUGGGUCCACCCUGAAAAUCCUGUCACCGAGGCCUCUCUCAGAAGGAACACAGCCAGUCCAUGGCUGCACCAGGCUGCUGGUAGUGCUGGUGACAGUCUGGGUUUGCUGAGCCAUGUUCCCGUUCGGCCAGCCAGUGCCGACGCCCACCGCCCCCCUGUCAAAAUCAACACACACGCAAGCCCUCCGCUUUCAAAGGCCAGCGUGGACAUUCAUAAAGAAGAUGUGGAUAAGAAAGGCUUUGUGGACCCAAUAAGGACGUUGUCGUUGGCCCAGCUGAAGCAGGAGCAGACAGACAGGAGUCGAACCCCUACAGGGAAAGACAUCCAUUUGCACCGCCUCUACCUAGACCCUCACAGCAAGGCUCGUCUGGCAAAUACACAGGAUGCAGUUCAGGCAGCAGAUCGAGCCAAUAAAUAUAAAGAGGAGAAUCGGCAAAUCCUGAAAGAGAGCAUCGAGGUUGCUCCCUUCACGGCUAAGAUCCAGCGCUCUAGUGACCCAGGGAUGGACAGGGACAGAGAAAGAUGCAGAGAUCCAGCCUUUCCUGUCCGGAUACCAGCUCUUGCCUCCCCAAGCCCCAAAGCCAGCCAUGCUCAUCCCCACGUCAUCCAGUCAGAAAAGAGCAACUACUUUACCACGCUGUCCAACAGUGUGGUGAAUGAGCCUCCACGACUUUACCCCUCCAAGGAGCUCAGCUCUUACUAUGACAAAGUGUCCGCCGGAGCUCCAGGAGUUGUGACCAGUGUUGGGGCUGCUGUGCCAAGCCAGGGAGCUCUAUCCCUGGGCAGCUACAGCUCCAAAGCCUCCCUCUCCAAGCCCCCUCCCCUCAUUAAGCACCAGCCAGAGGGAGGAGAGGGUUUAGCAGGCAAAAUCACUGAGCAGCUCAGCCAGCAGGUGACACUUGUCCAACAGCAACAUCAGCACCACAUAGACAGGAUAGAACGCCGCAGCCCAGCCAUUUCUCCUUCCUCCUCCUCUACAUCUUCCUCCUUCUCUGCAGCUCCCAAUCACCAUCAUCACCACCACCAACAGCAACAGCAACACCAGCUCAGGGCAAUGCCAUCUCUCCACCGUGCGCCUGUCUUCCAUCCACCCACACAGCAUGCGUUGGAACGUAAAGAGGCUGCAGAACGGGAGAAGGAAAGAGAACGAGAGAGGGAGAGGGAGAGGGAGAGAGCCGGUUAUGGUGGACGCUUGUCUCCACCAACCCUCACACCCAUCCAGCCAGUUAGCUUAGCAGCAGCUGGUAACAAAACAUUGGCAGAGCAGCAGAAGCCCCCCACGCUGCUGCCGGAACUCAGGGACGUCAAAGGUCAUGGAAACACUGCCGUUGUCACCUCUGUGGCCUCAGCCAUCAGUGGGGAGAUUAUGACUUCAUCUACAGAUGGGUGGAGAGGUGGAGAGAUGAUUCAGGAAAGAGGUGGCUCCUUCUCUGGAGAGAAAGGAGUGUCAAGGAGUAAGCCCCAAGCCGCAAUGGCAUCAGUCAUUGUGCGUCCAUCGACAUCUAUCAAGUACGAUAAUCCCAUUGGUGCUAGCAAAUCUGGUGCUAUAAUCAAUAAGGAGUUCCCCCAGAGGAGGUUCUAUACAGCCAAGCUUCAUGGGGAAUGUCCUAGACUAGGGGAGAGUGUAACAGAAGCUGGCAGGGUUAUUCAACCUAAUUCCAACUUGGAUGACAUGUGUAUCCAAUAUAAAAAGACUUCUAUGCGUGGCAUGCAGGGAACUUUGGGAGCCAGUACCAUAAACUCUGUGUGCAGGACAUCAGCUUUUGGCAUACAGAUUAAAAGUGGGGCAUCCAUCCCUGAGCUGGGCUGCUCAGUCUCAGCACGGGUAGAGAUUUCAGCGCAUAAAACUAGUACUGGUGGCUGGGUGCUGAGCCACUCUGGACCAGGAGAGCACCAGGAGGGGUUAGGCUCACGCACCACAUCUCCAGGUGGGUCUCUGCCUCCCCCUAGUCCAGUAGGGACACCCCAGCCCAGUCCAAGCCUGACACCCACACCUAGCUCCGUUUCUAGCUCCAGUCAGUCUUACUCCCCCUCCUAUGUCCCCCUCAAGAAGCACAUAGCUGCCAUGGCUGCAGCCCAAUCCAGAGGAAGCUUCUACACUGCUCCCACAUCCAUCACAACUGGAAACUCCUCCACGGCUGUUGAUUCAAUUGACAAAGCUCCCAUUCACCACUCCCCUCCGCCACCCUCCUCCAGCCAAGCCUCAUCAUCCUCGGUCGAUUGCAGUAGCAGCACCUUGGCAAGUGGGGGAACGGCACCAGGCAAGUCCAGUCCCCUGCCUAACGGCCAUACCUCUGGGUCGGCCUCGACAAGCAGCGGACAGCCCAGUAACUACCACAAGCUGAAGAAAGCCUGGUUAACCCGACACUCAGAGGAGGACAGGAACACAAUUGCUAGUACAAGCUCCACCAGUACUAAACCAGAGAAACUGCCCAGCACCAGCACCAGCACAAGUAACGCCACAGCCAUGUCAGAAAUGAUCAAACCCUGUACCGUCAAUCUCAGCGCCUCCACCUCCAGUGAGGUGGAAAUGAGCAAAGACAGCGGAAGCAAAGCGGAGAGAGAGAGGCAGCCAGAGGAGAAGGUGGGAGGAGCACCAGGAGGAGGGGACGAAAGGAAAGCAGCUACUUCAUCAAGGCGCGGGAACAAACGGCCAUGCGAGUCCGGCUCAGAGAGCGGGGGAGAUGAUUCUGACACCAGUGAGAGCAAAAUGGAGGGCCGCGCCAAGCGUCAGCCUAAACCAACCUAUAAAAAGAAACAGAACGACAUGGCCAAGAGAAAAGGAGACAACGAAAAGGAGGAAGAUGACGUGAAGCCCAAUGGCAUCUUCAGAUCAGCCCGAGAGAAGACUAAACUCAAACUGGCCAGCAGCAAUGGGAUCCCCCGAUCUGUGCUGAAGGACUGGAGGAAGGUGAAGAAGCUGAAGCAGACAGGGGAGUCUUUCCUGCAGGACGAUUCGUGUUCAGAAAUAGGACCCAACCUGCAGAAGUGUCGGGAGUGCAGGGUGAUCCGCAGCAAGAAGGGCGAAGAGCCUGCACAUUCCCCUGUCUUCUGCCGCUUCUACUAUUUCAGACGGCUUUCCUACAGUAAAAAUGGAGUCAUCCGAAUGGAUGGCUUCUCCUCUCCAGACCAGUUUGAUGAUGAAGCCCUGGCCUUGUGGGUUCCUGGGGUGCUGGAGGAGAGCCAACUGGACCAAACCACAGCCAAGUACAUCCUCAGCUUCAUAGGAGACAAGUUCUGUCAGAUGGUUGUGACUGAGAAUACUGCAGCUACCUGGGUCAAGAAGGAUGCCAAGCUGGCGUGGAAGCGAGCGGUGAGGGGGGUGCGGGAAAUGUGUGACGCCUGUGAGGCAACACUCUUCAACAUCCACUGGGUCUGUCAGAAAUGCGGCUUCGUUGUCUGCUUGGACUGCUACAAGGCCAAGGAGAGAAGGAGCUCCAAAGAUAAAGAACUGUAUGGCUGGCUGAAGUGUGUGAAAGGCCAGCCCCACGAUCACAAACACCUCAUGCCAACACAGAUCAUACCUGGCACAGUGCUGACAGAGUUGGUGUCUUCCAUGCACUCUCUGAGAGAAAAACACAGCAUCAAAUCCCACUGUCCCUGCACCCACAAACAGAACCUCCUCACCAAACUACCGGCCACGAACGGAGUCUCACAGGUUCUGCAGAAUGUCCUGAACCACAGUAACAAACUGUCCCUGGUGAAAGCUGAGCGGGGCUCUCAGCAGAACUCUGACCAAGGAGGAACCAAGGCAGAGACUAAUGGAGGAGGUGGUGGAGGAAGCAGUCCAGGCAGUGAUGCAGGAAGUGCUCCUGUCACCCCACCAGAGUCCCAGUCACCUCUGCACUUCCUGGCUGACCUGGCAGAGCAGAAAUCCAGGGAGGAAAAGAAAGAAAACAAGGAGUCAGUGCUGCUUGGUAAAUCAGUGAAGGAGGACAAAGAGGGGGACAGCCUGGAGGUCCUGCAACAGUGCAAAACCACCUCACUGGUGGCAAACAGUACAGAGCAGGGAUCCACACUCAGAGAUCUGCUCACCACCACAGCAGGGAAGCUGAAGCUGGGCUCUACUGAUGCAGGAAUUGCAUUUGCACCAGUCUACUCCACUGCUUCACAGACUGGAAAAGGUGGGCGGACCAUGCCCAAUAUCCUUGAUGACAUCAUUGCUUCAGUAGUUGAGAAUAAAAUCCCUGCCAGCCGCCAAAACAUCGCCACCAAACUGUCAAUCAAGCAAGAGUCUGGCACCCCUGGUGGCAACAACAACAACAACAACCCUGCCCCUGCUGUUACUGAGGAUGCCAAACCAGACAGGAAGAAGUCAGCGCCUGUUACUGCAGAAGUGCCAGAGGAAUCCACCAAUCAGUAUCCUGAUAUUUCCCACUGCUGGUUAAACAACAAGCGGUUACUGUGGUUGAAAGAUCACCGCAACCAGAACAACUGGAAGCUGUUCAGAGAGUCCUGGAAACAAGGACAGCCUGUGUUAGUGUCAGGGAUCCAUAAACGGCUCAAUGCCAGUCUGUGGAAAGCUGACUCCUUCAACCAGGAGUUUGCAGACCAUCAGGGAGACCUCCUCAACUGUAAAGACCAAGUGGUGUCCAACUCUGGGAUCAAGGAGUUCUGGGAUGGAUUUGAGGACAUCACCAAGCGGCCCAAGUCUAAGGAUGGAGAACCCAUGGUCUACAGACUGAAGGACUGGCCUUCUGGAGAGGAGUUCAUGGCCCUCAUGCCAUCAAGAUAUGAUGACUUGAUGAAGAACCUGCCCCUGCCAGAGUACUCAGAUCCAGAGGGCAACCUCAACCUGGCCUCCCACCUGCCAUCUUUCUUUGUCAGGCCAGAUCUGGGGCCAAGACUAUGCUGUGCCUACGGUGUAGCUGCGUCUCAGGACCAGGACUUUGGAACUGCCAACCUCCAUGUGGAAGUCUCCGAUGUUGUCUCUGUUCUGGUCUAUGUAGGAGUAGCCAAAGGCAAUGGAGUCCUGUCCAAAACUGGAGUGUUGAAGCGUCUGGAGGAGGAGGAUCUGGAUGAGGGGGUUCGGAGGAGGCUCAAAGACUCCAGUGAGACACCGGGGGCGCUGUGGCACAUCUAUCUUAACAGAGACAUGGACAAAGUCAGAGAGUUCCUGCACAAGCUCUGCAAGGAGCAGGGAUUGGAUGUGUCGCAAGACCAGGACCCAGUCAGAGAGCAGGGAUUGUACCUGAGCAGGAAGCAACGUCAACGGCUGCUGGAUGAACACGGAGUUCAGGGUUGGACUGUCGUUCAAUUCCUGGGAGACUCUGUACUCAUACCAGCAGGGGCCAUGCACCAGGUCCAGAACCUCCACAGCUGUGUUCAGGUCAUCAAUGACUUUGUGUCUCCUGAGCAUGUGGCCAACUCCUUCCACCUCACCCAGGAGCUCCGGCCCAAUAAAGAGGAGGUAAACUACGAGGAUAAACUACAGGUGAAGAAUAUCUUGUACCACUGUGUGAAGGAGGCAGUGAGCUCUCUGAAGAGAGGCAGCUCCGAGGAAGACGACGAGGAAGAGAACUCAUGACACGCCCUUGAUCUCGUCCACACCUUCCAGAGAGGGACACGGCUCUCGUCAGCACCUCGCUCUCCCCGCACCCACCUCCUCAUGUGGUGGACUGCGUCACGUGACCGCAAGAGGUGGUCGGAUCAGCGCUGGUCAUGUGACCCAGGGGGCGUCACGGUGUGAGGUGCACCCAUAUCACACAUCCAGGUCGCCGUUGAGAGGCGCACCCACCUCCAUCAACACCCCAAACCUUUAGUGCCAAGAAGAGACAAACACAAGACCAGAGGAGGCCUGGACUGACAGGGAUUAAACCUCAGGAGAACACAGAGGGCAGCGUGUUGGACGGGAGCUUUAAAAACGCCACCACAAGCCUCCACUGAAACAAAACUGAACUGUUUAGUGUGGCUGAUAGUGCAUCCCGCUCAGAUCCAGUUUCCAUAGAGACUCAGACUGUCCUGUAACACAGGGUUCACAGGCUUGAUGGCAGCAGCAGUGAUGACUGAGACACUGCUGCUCUCUCACUGUAAUCUUCUCUGGAUUAUAAAGGCCAGGAGGUUUAAUCCCUGUCUGUAGCAGCAGCCCACACAACGUCUUGGACAGAAGAUUUCGCUGAUCACAACAGAAUCACCAGCAGCAAGCAGCAUCAGGAUCAAAACUGUCAUCUCUGCUGUUUAAAAAAAAUCAAGAAAAGAAAAAAGAUUUGAGGGGAAAAAAUGCAAAACAGAAAUCUCAGAUGUUUCAGUCAGCAGACAUUGAGCUCUGCUGCUCCCUCGUUUUCCUGUUCCUUCUGUAAUUUGUCUGGUCUCGUCCUUUUUUCCUAGUUCUGUCUGUUGCUGUUUUGUUCUCGAAUUUCUUUUUCAUACGAACAUUGUUUUAUUUCCUCUGUGAAGAUGUAUUUAUUUUAUAGCUCUAUGAUAUGCGAUGUUAUUGAGACAAAAAGCAUUAAUGUAAAUGUGACUUGUACAGUUGUUUUUUUUUUCUUUCGCUAUGUGAUUUUCAGUUGUAAUACGGCUCUACUGUGAUGGAGAACACACACUCUCAUGCACACGCACACACACACACACACACACACACACACACACACCAGCUAAUGCCUGUAACUUUGGGAAAUGUUGAUGCUCUACGGUCCUCAUGCCAUAAAUAAAUUUUUUGAAAAUGAACUGCCAAACUAUUGUAAAGACUGUGUAAAGUUGUAUUAUGUAAAGUAAGAACAAAAUGGCUUAUACACUUCAGCAUUUUAUGAAAAAAAGUAUUUGCUGUAAAAUUGAGACAUUUACAUAAAAGAUGUAAUUUAUUUAAGAAAAGGAUGAAUUGUCUUGUUUUUUGUUUAAGAUUUACUAUGGUGAACUUUUGAAGUUAAAAGAUAAAAUAAUGAAAAAGUUUACUAUAAUGUGUAAAUAUAUACAUAUAUACAUUCACUGAGGUAUUUUUUUAAAACAUGGCUUGCUUCAAUUUCAAAUUUUAAAGUGCAAGUGUUACAUGCUUUGUACAUUGAAGUUCAAAAGGGUUUUACAUUUUCCAUUAAAAUGGAUUUAUCAGA